CUCGUCCCUCCUCUUCAGAACCCGAGGAGCUGGGGAGCAUGGACCAAAGCCCGCAGCAUUGGCACCAUGACGCUCGCCCGCUUCGCCGUGGCUCUGAUUUUAGGGGCGCUCCCCGAAGUGGUCAGCUCUGAUUCGGUCCUCACCUAUCCGCUUCACCACCGCCACGGCCACUCGCCCCCUUCGGGACCCCAGUCCCGUUACUCCCUUCCCAUCCAGCAGCGGCAACAGAGGACGACUCCGCCACCACCUCCUCUCCCGCGCGCCCCGCGCCCCCCGCGGGCCCUCCCGGCCCAGCGCCUGCACCCUCUGCAGGCUGGACGCACGCCCCAGCCGCACCCCGGAGAGUGCCCCGCCGGCGAGCUAUGGGUCAACGUGACGGACUUCGGCGCCCCGUGCCUGCGCUGGGCAGAGGUGCCACCGUUCUUGGAGCGGUCGCCUCCGGCGGGCUGGGCUCAGCUGCGUGGGCAGCGCCACAACUUCUGCCGGAGCCCGGACGGCGCGGGCAGACCCUGGUGCUUCUAUGGGAACGCCCAGGGCAAGGUGGACUGGGGCUACUGCGACUGCAGGCACGGAUCAGUGCGGCUUCGUGGUGGCAAAAAUGAGUUGGAAGGCACCGUGGAAGUGUACGUGAGUGGAGUCUGGGGCUCCGUGUGUAGCAGCCACUGGGAUGAUUCCGACGCAUCAGUCAUUUGUCACCAGCUGCAGCUGGGAGGAAAAGGAAUAGCAAAACAAAGCCCAUUUUCUGGACUGGGCCUUAUUCCUAUUUAUUGGAGCAAUGUCCGUUGCCGAGGAGAUGAGGAAAAUAUACUGCUGUGUGAGAAGGACAUCUGGAGGGGAGGGGCGUGUCCUCAGAAGAUGGCUGCUGCUGUCACGUGUGGCCCUUCCCAUGGCCCGGCCUUCCCUGUCGUCCGCCUGGCCGGAGGAAGCAGUGCACGUGAAGGCCGCGUGGAGCUCUACCAUGCUGGCCAGUGGGGCACCGUCUGUGAUGACCAGUGGGAUGAUGCGGACGCUGAAGUCAUCUGCAGGCAGCUGGGCCUCAGUGGUAUUGCCAAGGCAUGGAAUCAGGCAUAUUUUGGGGAAGGAUCUGGCCCAGUCAUGUUGGAUGAAGUACGGUGCACUGGGAAUGAGCUUUCCAUUGACCAAUGUCCAAAGAGUUCCUGGGGAGAGCAUAACUGCGGUCAUAAAGAAGAUGCUGGAGUGUCUUGUAUUCCUCUAACGGAUGGAGUCAUCAGACUUGCAGGUGGGAAAGGCAGCCAGGAGGGUCGCUUGGAGGUGUAUUACCGAGGACAGUGGGGGACUGUCUGUGACGAUGGCUGGACCGAGCUGAACACAUACGUGGCUUGUCGACAGCUGGGAUUUAAGUAUGGCAAACAGGCCUCUGCCAACCAUUUUGAAGAAAGCACAGGGCCCAUAUGGCUGGAUGACGUCAGCUGCUCAGGAAAGGAAGCGGGUGUCCUUCAGUGUUCCAGAAGACCAUGGGGACGGCACGACUGCAGCCAUCGGGAAGAUGUCGGCCUUGUCUGCUACCCCGGCAGCGAUGGACACAGACUCUCUCUGGGUUUUCCUAUCAGACUUAUGGACGGAGAAAAUAAGAAGGAAGGCCGAGUGGAGGUUUUUAUCAACGGCCAGUGGGGAACCAUCUGUGAUGACGGGUGGACUGAUAAGGACGCAGCUGUGAUCUGUCGACAGCUUGGCUAUAAGGGUCCUGCCAGAGCCAGAACCAUGGCUUACUUUGGGGAAGGAAAAGGACCCAUCCAUGUGGACAAUGUGAAGUGCACUGGAAAUGAGAGGUCCCUGGCCGACUGUAUCAAGCAGGAUAUUGGAAGACACAACUGCCGCCACAGCGAAGAUGCAGGAGUUAUUUGUGAUUAUUUUGGCAAGAAACCAUCAGGUAACAGUAAUAAAGAGUCACUCUCAUCUGUUUGUGGUUUGCGGUUACUGCACCGGCGACAGAAGCGGAUCAUUGGUGGGAAGAAUUCCUUAAGGGGUGGCUGGCCUUGGCAGGUCUCCCUCCGACUGAAGUCAUCCCAUGGCGAUGGCCGGCUCCUAUGUGGGGCAACGCUCCUGAGUAGCUGCUGGGUCCUCACAGCUGCACACUGUUUUAAGAGGUAUGGUAACAGCACUAGGAACUAUGCUGUCCGGGUUGGGGAUUAUCAUACUCUGGUGCCGGAGGAGUUUGAAGAAGAAAUCGGAGUUCAACAGAUCGUGAUUCACCGUGAGUAUAGGCCAGACAGCAGUGACUACGACAUCGCCCUGGUUAGAUUACAAGGACCGGAAGAGCAAUGUGCCAGAUUCAGCAGCCACGUUCUGCCAGCCUGCUUACCACUCCGCAGAGAGAGGCCACAGAAAACAGCCUCCAACUGUUACAUAACAGGAUGGGGAGACACAGGACGGGCUUACUCAAGAACAUUGCAACAAGCAGCCAUCCCCUUACUUCCCAAGAGGUUCUGUGAAGAGCGUUAUAAGGCCCGGUUUACAGGGAGGAUGCUCUGUGCUGGAAACCUCCAUGAACUCAGACGCGUGGACAGCUGCCAGGGAGACAGUGGAGGACCACUCAUGUGCGAAAGACCUGGAGAGAGUUGGGUUGUAUAUGGGGUGACUUCCUGGGGGUAUGGCUGUGGAGCCAAGGAUUCUCCUGGUGUUUAUACCAAAGUCUCAGCCUUUGUACCUUGGAUAAAAAGUGUCACCAAAUUGUAAUUCAUGGAAACCUGAAAAUAGUAUUUAAAGAAGAAAUUGAUGGAGAACUUCCCACCUCCACUAUUAGUACUAGCCAGAAACUAAAGGGGACUAAGAUCUUAACUCUGGUUUUGUUGUGGUAAAAAUUGUGUCCUCCUUGCUGCUUUUGAGAAUUUGUGAUGUGAACAUUUUCUGGUUACAGAUACCUCAAUAUCAUACUUACUAGUGUUACCUACCAAAUUUUAACUGUAGAGACUAAAUACUCAUUUGAGUCUUAUUCUCUUCUGCCCAUUCUCAGCAUUGAGAUUAUUUCAUAAUUAAGGCUGUACAUUUAUCUGCCUUGGACAGUCCUAACAAAUGAUACAAUAUGGUAUAUGGAAUCAUUGAAUAUCCAUGACAAAAACACUCCUUACUACAUUCAGAAUAAAAGUGGCAUUUUUUUAAUGCAAAGAUGUUUUCAAAAGGCUGACAAGUGCUUGUAAAGAAAUUUCAUUAUAAAUUUGAGCUGGAAUAAGAUCCUUGAAUUAUAAGAUCAUUUCAUUUGCCUAUCGUAAACUCACUCCCAAAUGAAGUGAUUUCAUGUUCAAAACUAUCCUUAUGGAAACCCUGAGAGAAAAAUAUGGUCUAGCUAUCCUGCACAAACUACUAGAACUUGUAAUAAUUCCUGUAAUAAGAAUUUCUAGCUGGAUAUACAAUUCAUAACUUAUCCACCAUUUUAUUAAAUUACCUACUUUGACUACUUUACAUUCAUAUACCAUUAAGUAGAAUAAGAAAUGUAACUCAUCCUUAACCUCAUGCUCACAUUUUGUGGAUCACAAGGUAAGAGUGCCACCUACUGCAAAUUUCCAAUAAUUUACUCA